AUGGCCACAAUCAACCUCUCUUCACUACAAACCUCUCCUUCUCUUCAUUUCCUUUCUUUAUGUUCUUCCCAAAAUACCCCCACUCUCUCAUUCUAUUCACACUCUAAACCCUUCCCUACCUUCUCCUUAAAACCCUUUACUGCAACAGUUAAAUUCAAACCUCGCUCUUUCGUUAUUCCUGCAGCUUUCAAACCCCUCGCGGAGACGGAGUUAGUUACCGUCCCAUUGACGGAAAAUGAGUUCAAUUCAAAGAUGCCGUCAGAUUGUGGCAUUUAUGCUGUUUAUGAUAAAAAUAAUGACCUUCAAUUUAUUGGUAUCUCACGGAAUAUUGGGGCCAGCGUUUUCUCUCACCUGAAGUCCGUGCCGGAGCUAUGUAACUCUGUUAAGGUUGGGGUAGUAGAUGAGCCUGAUAAAGCGUCUCUGACUGAAGCUUGGAAAUCCUGGAUGGAAGAACAUAUAAAAGCCACAGGAAAGGUUCCACCAGGCAAUGAAUCAGGGAAUGUUACUUGGGUCCGGCAACCACCCAAGAAGAAGGCUGAUCUCCGGCUUACACCUGGCCGCCAUGUCCAGCUAGCAGUUCCUCUAGAAGAACUCAUCGAUCAGUUGGUAAAGGAGAACAAAGUGGUGGCUUUUAUCAAGGGAUCUCGAAGUGCGCCAAUGUGCGGAUUCUCACAGAGAGUAAUUGGCAUUCUGGAAUCCGAAGGAGUGGAUUAUGAAAGUGUUGAUGUGCUUGAUGAAGAAUACAAUUCCGGAUUGAGGGAAACACUGAAGAAGUAUAGUAAUUGGCCCACAUUCCCACAAAUUUUCAUGAAUGGCGAGUUAGUUGGAGGGUGUGAUAUCUUGACCUCCAUGCACGAGAAAGCUGGUAUUGUGGUUCAUAUGUUUCUAUUUGCAAUUCUUAACCUUACAGUAAUGCCUACUUCAAGUUCAUGGUCAAAUCCACCUUUUCUUGGUGCUAAGAAUUGUGGAAUGCCUUUGGCUCUUGUGGAUGCUCGGAUUGCAUCUCCUUACAGAGGUCAAUUAGAAGAUCGAAAGAAGUUAGAUGUUAAUAUUUUUCUCUUGGUAUUUCGUAGUGUUUGUAAGACUUUAUUGGAGGCUAGGCUAUGCAGUGGAGCAAAACGAUUGAUUCAUGUUGUUGCCUAA